CUUUUUAGUGAGGAAAGUAUACCAUGUUAAUUACAUGAUAACACGCCACCACAAUGUAUUGAUAGCACUACUACUACUACUCCUGACGACCACCCAUGUCAUGGCAACAUCACUGAAGGUGCAUAUUGUUACCUACAAUACCGGUAAUACCCGACCCAGAGAGAGUAUAGCGCCCCUCCUUGGUCUGGGACUCGAUCCUGAUAUCAUAUCUCUUGGAUUCCAAGAGCUAGGUGACACAGAUGAUUGGGAGAAUGAAGCAGACAGGAUUCUCAGCAAGCAGGGAUACUACAGGAUAAAGCUGGUGACGAUGUCGAUAAUGCAGAUAGCCGUGUUCGCCAAGAAACAGCACCUUCCCUUCAUUUCUCAUAUUCAAACAGAGUACACAAAAACUGGCUUCGGAGGAACCUACGGCAAUAAGGGAGGGACAAGCGUGAGGUUCAGAUUGUACGACAAGACGGUUGCCAUGGUAAACACCCACCUCUCAGCACACAUGGACCAGGUUCACAUCAGAGAUGAGGAAUACUGGAACAUCAUGAGUGAACAGGAUUUCGACGACCCUCUGUCAGAGCAUUUGUACGACCACGACUACCUCUUCUGGUCUGGAGAUCUCAAUUACAGAAUACAGCUCGGAAAUGACGAGGUUCGUGCAGCAAUAACAAACGGCAAACAUUUAGACUUGAUGGAACACGAUCAGUUGCGUCAAGAGAAGCUUGCUGGUCAUGCUUUUAUUGGAUUUCAUGAAGCUGACAUCACCUUCAAACCUACUUACAAAUUUGACCCAGAAACCGAUAUAUACGACACCAGUGAGAAGAAUCGAGUGCCGGCAUGGUGUGACCGUGUGCUGUGGAGAAUCAAAGCAGAGCGCGCGGAAAUAGCGCAUGCGCUAAACUGGGACGGUGAGGGGGACUCCAGUGAUUCUAGCUUAUCUAGCUGGACUUUUUCUGAUUUCUCAGGCUUAUCAGAUGCUAGCGGAGCGAGUGGGAGCGAUUUGUCUGAUCACUGUGAAGUUGACGGCGGAUGUACCUCGAAACAGUAUCUCGAGGUAACUAAGCCUGAAAAGAAGAAGAAGAAGAAAAAGAAGAAGAAGAAACAGUCGGGAACGAGAGAUGAUAAUGCGCAUUCUGAUCGAUCCAAUUGGGAGGCGAUGCGAAAAAGAACAAUAAGUCUCAUGAAGAAAACAGCCGUAUAUGCGGCUUCAACAGGGAGUGCUAUGUUACGCACGGCUACCGGCACGGCUCCUAUCAAGAUACAUAAAGCUGAUGUCGCUGACCCGGAGAGAUUCAAGGACUUGAUGAACACACUCGAGCGAGAAAAGGUAGCUGAAGUUAAAGAAAAGUAUGAGAACUGCGUGAGACCGCUUGUUUACAAAUCCUACCCUGAAUACAAACAAUCGGACCAUAAACCAGUAUCUGCUCUUCUUGAGGUGGGCGUUAAUACGAAUAUGAAACCGUUGAUCAGCUUUGGACAAGAUAAAUAUGUAUGGAAAAAAGGAGAUAAGCUCGAUGUUUUAAUAGAUGUUCGUUCAAGAGUGUGGAGUUUAUCCUCCUGGGAUUGGGUAGCGAUAGUGGAUCCUAACUGGACCGAUCCUCACAAGCAUUACAUCACCUACCAAUACAUUACCAAGGACACUGCCAAGUUCGGCUGGGAGACCCACCCUGGGGUUGCUAAAACUCUAAACCUCGUCCUUAACUCAUCUAAAAUGAGUGCUCCGAUAGCAAUCGCUGUUUUGGAAUGCCUAUGAGGAGGAUUGCAGCGUAGACCAUGAUUUAUUGAUUUGGUUAAAUUAUUGGGGCUUCAAUGUCAGAAGAAUGACUUGGUAUGAGAAGAUUUACGGGACUUUUUCAGUGUUUACACUUUUUUGUUGUGCAAUGAUUGACAUCCUCUAUCAAACGCUUCGUACAAGUAAAAAUUAAAUGAACACCUGGGGGACCUUCUAUAAAGUUAACAAAAACACUUGGGUUAUUAAUUUCAACUUCCGGGAGCUUUAUUUAUCAACUGUUUAUUUGAGUGCAUAUUUCUCUCAUCGGCCAUUCGAAAUUUCGAAAGUCAGGACGAUUUAAGAUUUCAAAACUAUAUUGUGAGGAUCAGCUCAAGUCGCUAUUUCGAUAAAGUAAGCACCCUGUACUAUAUUCUGCAGGAGAUUCGAAUACUGUGAAUUAAGUUCCGAGAUCCGAUACAUCCAUAGAUAUAUUAGCUUUUCUGUGUAUCUAAAAACUGCUUAUAUAUUUUUUUGGUGCAACUUUUAACACUGUUUAAUUCUAUGACAAUGAUGACUAAGGCUUUACAAAAUUUUGGCUUCAAUUUCAUUCAUUUAUUUUUUAAUUCCUUAGGGAAAGUUACCACUAGAACGAUCGCUAUACAAUAUCAUUGUUGUGGCAACGUUCGGAGAAUAUUUUAUGCGCUUCUUUAAAUUUUGAAUUUUGCGAGCAUUUUACUAACUGAAAUGAGUAAUUUGGGGAUUUAUUUUUCUAUAUAUUUCCCAGGUUUCAUAAUAGAUAACGAUGAAUUGUUUUGCUGUAUUCGUUCAGAUAUUUCGUUUUAAGGGAGUGCUGAACUUAAGUCUUCUUUUUUUAUUGAAUUAUAAAUGUAUCAAUCUGCAUAUUUAGGAAUUCGUAGGUUUGUGCAAAUUUUUCCCUUUUCCUCAAUACUCUAGUAGCAGAGAGGUGUUGUUGAGUGUGUGCUUUGCUUUAUCGAGUUUUUGCUACUGAAUCGAGUUAAAUAGUUCCAGCUGUGGAAAAUAGUUUCAUAUUAGGCGCAUAAAAAAGAAAGUUUUUAAAGGGUUAGAGACUUAGAUUUGGGCUUGAAAUGACCGCAAUAAUUAUAUGUUUAUAUAGGCACUAUGAAGGUUUUGUAGGCUCAAAAUUCUUACUUUUUGGAGAAAAUUCAGAACAAAUGAUUUUCACAGGGUGCAAGUUAAAUAUACUUCAGAAGCUAAUAUAACUAAAAUCGAGUGUGCAGUUCGAUUUCUACAAUCUGUACAGACACAGAGUCCUUUGAAAUGCUCUGGAUGCUACCUUACCAAAGUAUGGCACGUCUUAUGACGACAAUAUCGACUGGCUAACAACGUACUCUCAACCAGAUCUACGCGCUAGUGUUCUGUAUAAAGGUCCUAUAUUAGCUAUUACCGACCACAACAUUAGUCGCAUAACUUGCCCAUCUAGCAUUUUCUCAAUAAGCAUUUAUAAGAAAUCAGCAAAGCGUGUAAUGAUAGAACUACAAAGCUCAGGAAACGAUGAAGAAUGGCCAACUUUUCUGUUACAUAAUUUACCCGGGCUACGUAAAUCAGCAAGAUCAGGCACUCAACAAGUCAACUACCGAGAAUAACCUAAGGAAUAAGUAAAACUAGACGGUUAGCACACUAGUCACUAUCAACCAUAUAAUGCCACAUUUUUCACUGUCUUCUCACUGUCAAGAUAGCACAAGCAGGUGCUGAUAAGACAUGGGCUCAAUUACUUUAAUUAUUUUAACUUCAAACAAAAAGUUUCCACUCCAUAACUUACCAGGAUUUCGUAAAUCAAAAAGAACAGCCGACACGUAAUAGCAACCUAACAUAUGCAGCUCAACUUUCACUAUUAUAUCAGUGUCCCAUCUAAAUCACUUAUCGUGCCAUCCUGACAACACAUAUUUCACUGCCAACUAGCGCAAACCUAUACUGAUAAAACACCUACGACAGUAUUAUCAAGUAAAGAAUUUGAUAUAAACGUUUAAGCUUUCAAAUGUGUUUGCAGAUCAGGGUCAUCAGAAUCAACUGAUAAAAUAUAGACGAAAUAACUAUGACUAUGAGUUCGAUGACAUGUAAUUUGCGUGCCCUUCGGGGAUCAAUAUUGAUUAUUACAAUUAUUAUAUAUUUUGAGUAAACAUUGACUGGUGUAAAAGCCAGCCCCCAAACCUUCAUCUCUAUCCAACUUUCACCAACACCCACUAAUUGUUGUGCGGCUACCAUCAGCACCGGAAGAUUCUAGCUCUAUCCGGCAGCCUUUGACUACCUUGUGCGCUAUCCAGCUAAGACCAGCACCCUCAAAUUCUAGCCGUAGCCUAAAGUACCUAAUUAAUUCUGAUCCAGAAUGACCUUACAAAGGACCCUGUGUCUAUACAAAUUGUAGACAUCGAACUGCAUACUUCAUUUCAACUUGAACCGGCCAGUGAAAAUCAGUUUUUCUGAAUUUUCUCCAAAAGUAAGUAUUUUGAACCCUCAUACUUCAUAGUGCCAAUAUGAACAUAUUUAUUGUGGUUAUUUCAAGCCCAAGUUUAAGUCCUUAAGCCAUUUAGAAACUGAGAUGCAAAUUUCUCCCAUACUCGGCCUAAUAUGAAAUAUUGGUGUGGUCCCCCAUGGCUGGGACUAUUUAACUCGAUUCAGUAGCAAAAAACUCUAUACAGCAAAGUGCACACUUAACAUCUCUCUGCCACCAAGGAGUCCAAAUAAUGUAUUUAGAGGACAAUUUAAUAUUCCAUCUCAAACCAGUCCACUGAACCGAAUUUAGAUUCAAUUAUAAACAAUUCAAUAAGCCCAGCUAACUGAUCUAGAAUAAGAAUACUGAUCACAAUCCUUUAUUUAAAAACCGCAACGCUUGCUAUUGUAAGUGAUUACUUGUUCAUUCUGCUGUAGAGCUGUAUUGUUAAUUUAAAGCUCAUACGAUGAACCUUUGCUAGUUCUGUAUCUUUAUUUUAUUUGAAAUGUUUAAUGAUGUUUUGUUUGACGGAGUGAAAUUUUAAAGGUUUGAAUAUAGUCGCUGAUUUGUUCUGAAUUUUUAUUGAA